AUGAAUUUUAUGCAAAUAAAUUGUCGAAAAAAAGAGAAACGCAAAAAAGUUCGAGAGAAAAAACAAACAGAGUGAGUUUUAUGAGGAAAAACCAGGAAAAUAAAAUAAUAUUCAUUUUUUCAGAGAAGAUCCAUUUGCAGAAUUGAAAAUGAAUUUGGCUAAUCAAGAAAAACAAACACAAUCAGAUUCUUUGAAAGAUUGUUCGUUUCGAGAUGAAAAAAAUCCAUUGUAUAAUGCAUCAAAAAGUCGAGAAUGUCAGAAUACUAAAAUUGGAGAUGAAAAAGAAAAAGAGAAGACAACUCCAGUUGAAACAGCAAAACAAAAUAUAUCAACUGUACAGACAACUGUCAAAGAAAGUCCGACUCAACCAUCAAAAAUUUCUAAAAUUGAAGAAUCAACUAAUAAUCGGCUAAAGUAA